GGAAGGAGCCUCCUUUUGCUGACCAGCGUUCGGUGCUUGCAUUUGCCGAGGAGACCUGGGUCAGAUUGGACCUCAGAUACUCGCUGGCUGACGGGCAGUUCCCGGAACCUCUGCCCCAGUUUCGGGCCGAGGAGACCCCAGGACGGGGGAAGCUGAUAUCGGCGACGGGCUCGUGGAGCGUCUGAGGAACGGGACGGCCCCUUUUCGGGGGCCCUUUAACCUCUGGACUGCUGUGAAAAAAGGGGAUCGGGCUCAGGGACCUGAGGUCCCUCCCGCUCUAGCCUGUCAGCCUGUCGUCUGGGAAAACUGAGGCCCCUUCGCCGGCCCCUUCGUGCUUCCUAUUACUCCCCACUUUCAUCGGGUCCCAGCGCGGGCUGCAGGUGGGGGUGGGGAGGCGCCUGAGGUCCCAGUCUUUCAGUCCAAACCUGCCUGACUCCGCCCCGUCCAGCUGCCGCCGCGCCCCCGUGGGCCGGAGCUUCAAGUCCGCACAUGCUCGGAGGGUCUUUAGGAAGAGCGUUCCAGCUGGCUAAAUCUCCAUGGCAACCCGCCUAGCAACAAAACGCCGUUAAAGUCGGCGUUGUCAGGGGUCUCCAGGACGAUGAAGGGAGCUGGGCAGAGGCGAGGUAAUGUCACAGAAGCCCAUGGAAUCCUUAGCAGGGCCCUGGAUGCCUUCACUCAAGUACUGUAGCGUGACCACAGCCCAGAAGCGGCCCUGCUGCCUCAAUGCCUCUGCCCGCUGGAGCGCCCCCUCCACCUGUCCCCUUGUACUCCAGGUUCCCUGUUUUAUCCGACACCCCUCUGCUGCAAGGGGUUCCUGGGGUCAGCCAGAUCUGCACAUGACUGACUUCCAAGGGAAUGGGCCAGGCCUGCUGGAGGGGCUGCAGGAUGGUGACACAUCAGUCCUUGCCAGAAGGGAGUCAGAUGGCUUAUACUACAGGGCUCAGAUCAAACAAGCUCCUGAGCUGGGGAGGCUGGGCAAACUGCUGGUGGAAUUUGAGGGCCCCCCUUCCGAGGGUCCCAAGCUCCAAGGCACACUACAGAGCACAAGUCCAGAGGAUGUUAUCCGGUGCUCGUGGGCCCUAAAGCACCCCCUCCUGCCCGGAGACAAGGUUCUGGCACCCUGGGAGCCACAGCAAGAGAGAUAUGGCCCAGGCACCAUGGUGCAAGGCCUGGAGACCAGAGACCCUCAGAGAGCCUUAGAGGAUGAAGAAAUCACUGUUUCCUUUUGGAACGGCAAAGUGGUCAAAGUGCCAUUAGGGGUAGCCAUAUGGAUAUCCCCAGCCUGUUGGGAGAAGGCUACGGAGAUAUUGCACAAAUCACUAAGUGCCAGUUGGCCGAAGCCCGGAGAUCAUCUCAGCCACAUCCCCUGGACACCCCUCUGCCCUCUCCUGGGUUCUGCCCAUGGGUAUACCAUGGAUGGGCUUUUGCUGCGCUCUUUCUCAUGCCCUCCCCAACACCUUUAUCCCCAGUCCCACAAUCAUUGUCCACUGCUGCCUAAUGGCUGCCUCUGCUGUUGUUCCUUAGCCUGCUGUACCUGGUGGCCUCUGAGCAAGACAUUAGAGGCCACAACUGGGGACCACCCCGAGCCAGAGCCGAAACCCACAGCACAACUUCCGGAAUUAGACAAUAUCAGAGACAGAAGAGUGGCAGCUCAUGUUUGUGCUUCUUCUUCCUCCUCCUCCUCCUCUUCCUAUGUCUUCUCUUCAGAAGAGGAGGAUUUGGGGAAUGAUCUGAAGAAAGCUCCUCCUCAAAGAAUGAUGGUGGAUAGCACUGUCAACACUGACAGCAGCCUUUUUGAGAAGCCCCUGAGACAGAAGGUCCUCAGUCAGCCUCCCUGGAAAUACUGGAAGAGAAAUGGCCCAGAGCCUAGUUAUAGAAGACCAGGUAAAGAGUCACUGAAGAAACUUAGAGACACUUGAGAUUCAAGAGUUGCUCUACCCAUGUCCUUUCCACUAUGGGUCCUGUGGCACUAACUCAUUCUGGGGAAACAAGAUUGCUGCUGUGUCCCGGGGACAGAGGGGCAGCCAAGGAAGAAGGUGGAACACAUGUUAAAGUAGUAAAAUCUGGGCAUUGGACUGGCAAGAAAACAGGCCUGAAGCCAGAGCAGACCCUGCCAGAAAAGGAACUGAGCAGAAAGGAACAGGUCUGAGGCAGUGAACCACAGAGCAUUUCUGUACAAACAAAGCCUUUUGAGGUACCAGGUAAUGCUGAAGGUCCUAAAUGUUGCCCAGAAUUCCUACAGGAUAUGUCAAAGGGUGAAUGAAGAAUCCUUGCCUAAAGCCAAAGCAUGUCAGACAUGGCAGAACUAAACUUCCAGGUAUGGCACCUCAAUGAAUCACGGGUAUGAAAAGAAGUUAAAUGAAAUGGAAAAUACUGUUAGGAGCAUUUUUUAAUCUUGUAGGAAAUACUAAAAUAUAUUAUGUAGGAAGUACUAAUUAGAAUUACUAAUCUAAUAGCUUUAAAAAAAAAAAAAAAAAAAAAGCUUUCCAUAAAGCAAAACUGUAGGAUCAAGAAGAUCACAAGUACUAUCAAUGAUGGGCAUAAUUGUUGCCCCAAUGAACAUGGGAUUUAUUUCCUGUUUUAUGUUACAAGAGUUCUCCUCUCACCUUAGUGAAUCUGUUUGAGGUCCCUGCUCUAUUGCCUUUUACUCCCAGAUGGUUUUGUGAAAGGGGUAGAUAGGCUGCUUCAGAUUUUAUAUAUAUAUAUAUACACAUGGUUUAAGCCAUGUAUAUAUUUUUAUAAAUACAUAUGUGAAAAGGAUAGAUGGGCUGCUUCAGAUUUUAUAUAUUAUAUAUAUAUAUAUGUAUGUGAAAUUUUUCUAUAACAGUAGCCACAGGGUGGGUAUUCUGGGCAAAUGUGUCUCCUGUCUCACUUUUUAUAAGCUGGCCCAGACUGCUUUGUACCAU